CAUGCAUCGAACAUCCAUACAAGGGCGCGCCACAGCGCGCGCAGAAGCCAUGGCCUCCAAGACGCCUCGGAACAUGCACAUGGACAUUUUUGUCGCGUACGAAAGGUCCUGGAGCAUACAGGACGCGUUGGAUCAACAUGCAGCCCUUGCAGAGCAGCGGGAAGUCCUGACGGAGAUCGGCCGCAACCGUUUGCGGGUGAGGCAGACGCAGCUGUCCUUUGCGGAGCUGGAGGUGACGGAGGCCUUGGAGGCAGCUCGGUCCAUCAGCGCGCUGGAUGCCGGCGAUGCGCAGAAAGUCCUGCAGCUGGCAGGCCGCGUUCGGGCGGCAGUCCGCGACCUGCGGACGGCCGCACGAAUGAAGCAACUGGAGCAGAACAUCGUGAACAAGCACCUGGCGCAAGCGGACCAGGAGAAUGAGCAGAGCCGGCUGGAAAUGACCUCCAUGAAGGAGGUCAUCGAUGACAAGUCGUUGGUUGUGGCGGUGGAUGACUCGCAGCCAGCGCCUGUCUCUGUGGAUGCCGACGGGCAGAUUCUCAAACAGAGGUACAAGUACUGCACAAACUGCAAGGUCGGGGGUCAUGGCCAGAGGUUUUGCGAGUACUUGCUUGAGAGACCUGAUUGGCGGGUUUACCCAAACCAGAAAUGGUUUGAGGAUGAAAAGGGCAAUGAAUAUCAUUGCCCGCUGGGCAAAAAGUUGGUGGAUUUUGCAGACGAGUCUCACUUCAGCCGCAUCGCAAUGUAUUUGAAGGGAAGGGCGUGGCUGGAGGAGAAGACCAAGGUUUUGGAUCUGGCUCCCGGCAAGAUGCCGGACACGUACAUUAUCGAAGACGGGCAGUGGAGAGGAGCAGCUCCUCCCCCUGAUGACCAGGUUUCCGAGCUGCCCUGGUUUGUGAAGGAGGCGGACAGGAAUUGGGGCACUUCCGUGCAUGUUUGUGCAAGACCUUCGGCUUGUCUCAGCCUGGCAAAGCCCAAUGGGGUCUACGUUGUGCAGCCGCACAUCAAGGAUCCGCUGCUAACAGAGGAUGGCCGCAAGUGCCACAUAAAGUUCUACGUGCUCUUGCUGGGCUUUGAAGACGGAGUUCGGUGGAAUUUGUACACGUUUAAGGAAGGCUACCUUUCCAUCUCUCCCAACAAGUGGUCGCCUACUGACCUGUCAAAAGACACACAGGUGACCAUCAUUCGUUCUGAGCGCAUUGGUACUUGGAAGGCGUGGGCGGAUGCCUAUCCCAAGUGCAAGGCCGUCGUUGCAGAGGUGAUAGAGCGUGCUGUGACUCUGGGACGCCUAGAAGGACGCUUGGGGAAGAUCCAGUUCGAGAUUUUCUCAGCGGAUUUCAUUGUUGACGCCCACGGAGAUGUGUGGCUUUUUGAGUUCAACAUGAGUCCGGUGCUGAAAGACCCGAAGGACGAGCCCAAGGUCAAUGACGCGGACAUGGUCCGGGGUGCGCUGUCAAUUGUAGCCCCAUGGAGCGGCGGCCCUGGGCUCUGGGACUUCGCUGGUGAGUUUCGGGGCCAACAGCCAAAGGCCAAGGCGCCCGCAGCGCCCCAAGGGCCUCCAGCGCCUAAGGCCAGCGGGGCCAGCGGGGCCAGCGGGGCCAGCGGGGCCAGCGGGGCCAGCGGGGCCAGCGGGGCCAGCGGGGCCGGCGGGGCCGGCGGGGAAAGCAGGGCUGGGGCAGCUCCGAGCGAGGUCGCUUGACUUGACCGCGGACAAGACCAGCCUGCGGGAGACUGCCUUCAUCAGAUCCUGGGCUCCCACAUCAACUCCCAUUGCGAUUGGAAAAGCUCGGGGUGUCCAACUGCUGUCCCCAUGCAUCUGA